GUCAACCACAUUUCGACCUGCCUGAAACAACUAUUGACAACCAGUUCCCAGUUGUACGAGAGGGGGUGUUACUCGGCGGAUAGAAUACGACACAGCCUGACACACCAUUUGACAGCACUGCAGGAGGUGAUGUCAUCAAGAGAGGAAGGGAAGGUGACACAACUGCUGAGGCGGAUGGACUACCUGCGUCCCAAGAACACAUCAUUCUGCCUCCUUGUUGACUACAAAGUGAAGUCGUGCCUUAUUGGUAGAGUCAACUCAAGGAGGGAGAUCGAGUGCAGUUUAUGGAGAUGGAUGGACUCGACGACUACUUGGUUGCCUCCCUAAUGUCAUUGCAGGUGGAGACUGCGAAGGGGGACAGAAUCUCCAUUCCGUGGCUGUUUGUCCAAGACGAGAGUCUAAGCGAAAUCAAACGAGAACUGAUGGAGUUUUACGAAAAGAUAACCUUCAGGAAGAACAGCAAUGAGGGCACUCAUAACAUGACCACUGGAUAUGUCCAAAUCACCUCCACCAACACACAGUACGCCUCCAAGUCAUACAUCUGGACAAAGUGAGGGUCCUCCUUAUUCCAGUCCACAUUCAGUCCUGUCCAUUUCCGAGAGGCCCGAAAGGAUGUUCCGAGAGAGAUUGGUCGUGGAGGUGAGACUGGAUGCACUCCCUGCCCCAAUCGACCUCACGUGUGCUAUAGACAGAGGACAUUUGGCCAUUCUUGGACAAGACCUGUUUGCGGUCAAACAACCAAAUGACUCGUAUUCCCUCACCACCACCACCGAAUUGGUUUCCCAGAGGAGACUCCGCUUGGUCGUCCUCCCACCAAACACACAACCCCCACAACCAAACUUUGGUCUUGUCUUCUCAACCCUUUCGGAGAAUUGUUCCCAAAUGUCCUGGGAGACACUGAAUCCCCAAAUCACUCCACUGGAAGGACACAGUCCCCCGCCCUUGGAGGACUGCGAUGACUAUCAAGUGAGAGGGGACUUGUUUGUAUUUGUGGACCAUCGACAACACGGACGGGUUUGCUCAGUGCAGGAAGCUUUCGGGGAAGAAAGACUGUCAUUGGAGCACGUCCACUCUCUUGUGAAGACAUUCUUCGACAACAGCCUGUCGCCCCCCGUCUACCACGCACAUUGGAAGUGCCUCUGCUCACUCCCACUGCCUGCCUGUCAGAAUGACUUUGUGCUGAGGGAUGUGUGUUCCCCCCACCUCCUCAUCACACAAUGCCUCACUCUCGCAUUGACCAGACCAUUGUGGGACUAUCCUCUGUCCAGGUCAAUCACGCUGAAGGAAGCACUCCUCACGUUUCUGAUAAACAUGACCUGGUUUUCCUUCCGCUGUGGGAUAAAGGAAACAUUCGAGUCAUUCUAUAAAGUAUACACCUGUCCCCGUGGGUGGUGGAACAAACGAACUCUCCGAUUGUUCUUUGAUUUGGUUACUCCCACGUUCUUCCCACCCUCCCCCCUCUGUCCCCACACAACAUACUGUCUGAGGAAUCAACAAAUGGGCACGUUGACUGCAUUCGCCCAGGGACUCACCAACAAGUCUCCUCAACAAGUCAUUCAUGAACUCAGUCUGUCCCUCCCAACAAGACCUGCCUUUGCUAAGGGCAGUGUCGGGGAAAUUACUAAAUUUAAUAUAUUCGGGCAGGACUUUGUACUCUCAGAGUCCCUCAUUUCGCGGAAUGUGGUCUCCUUUAUGGUGAGACAGGAAUGUGAAUUGUUGUAUGACUUCAAUUCGGGGGUGGCAUACUUUCUGGGCAGCCAACUGAUCGUGCAGUAUUUGACUGAGUUGUUAGUCAAGUUGGCCGACGAGUGGGGCAUCCAAUCAUGGGACUGCAAAGUAAUCAUUUGAGUGAUUGGACAAAGAGGGAGACCGAGUCACUCAUUCGAGACAUGGACAUGUACCGGCGGGCAGUCAUUACAUAUAGUCCUCACCCCCCUCCUUCCAAUUUAAUUCACACUCUCCAAAAGGUCGGCCAACUCAUUCAAAUUAGACAUUGGACUACUUCCACGCUGGGAAGGAAGCCUUGGACUACACAGACUGGUCGUGCGAGGUGUUCAGAGGACUGGUUGAGGAUUGUGAGGCACUCCUGUCGUCCAUCGAGAAAGAGGCGGGCAACGUGUCUUCAGUCAAGGAUUUGGAGAAUAAAAUGAAAAAUGGAAAGCGAGAGUUCAUUUUGAAAGUGGAGCAAGUUCAAAAUAAAUAUCGGGACACAAUCACGUCCAGUUGGCCCAACAACAAAAUCGCGGAAAACUGCAUGAGUCACAUUUAUCUUCCCUCAACGACCAGUUCAGCCAAGUCGAUUCUCCACCGCUUCGAAGAAUUGGCGGAUUGUUUAGAACAAAUUACCCGCCGGGCAGACACACUAUGUCGAGAAAAGGAAGGCGAGUUGGAACGGAUAAAAAACAAGUUCAUUCUCUUCCGGACUGAUCUGUCUGCUCUGUCUUCGAGGAUUGACAGCCAAUCAGACGACGUGGUCACAGAAAUCGCAGAAAUAGGCAAACAAGUGAGGGAGGAGUGGCAAGUGGCAGAAAGACUAAAAAAUGAGAUCGAGGACAUG